GGCCGGGCUGCGCGGGGCGCGGAGCGGGGCGGAGCGGAGCGCAGCGCUGCGAUGUGCACGAUGUCGUUCAAGAAAGAAACACCACUUGCCAAUGCUGCAUUUUGGGCUGCAAGAAAAGGAAACCUGGCUCUCCUCCAGCUGCUGCUGAACAGUGGGCGAGUAGAUGUGGACUGCAAAGACAGCCUUGGCACAACAGCUCUGAUGGUAGCAUCUUACUAUGGCCACAUAGAUUGUGUACGGGAAUUGGUGUUGCAAGGAGCAGAUAUCAAUCUGCAGAGAGAGUCAGGUGCAACUUCUCUGUUCUUUGCUGCACAGCAAGGCCACAAUGAUGUAGUGAAGUAUCUCUUUUCAUUUGGAGCCUCCACUGAAUUUAAGAAUAAAGAUGGAGGCACAGCUCUCCUGGCUGCCUGUCAGUACGGGCAUGCAAAAGUAGUGGAAACUCUGCUGAAGCACGGCGCCAACAUUCACGAUCAGCUCUAUGAUGGAGCUUCUGCAAUUUUCCUGGCAGCACAAGGAGGAUAUCUGGAUGUCAUCCGAUUGCUGCUCUCUUCAGGAGCAAAGGUUAACCAGCCACGACAGGACGGGACAGCUCCCUUGUGGAUUGCCUCGCAGAUGGGUCACAGUGAAGUGGUGCGAGUGAUGCUGCUCCGGGGAGCAGAGCGAGACGCCGCACGGGAUGAUGGUACAACUGCUUUACUGAAGGCUGCCAUUAAAGGCUACAACAAUGUGAUAGAAGAGUUGCUGAAAUUCUCUCCCACUCUUGGCCUGCUGAAGAAUGGGACCUCAGCUCUCCACGCAGCCGUCCUGAGUGGCAACGUGAGGACAGUGGCGCUGCUCCUGGAGGCAGGAGCAGAUCCAUGCCUCAGGAACAAGGCAAAUGAAUUGCCAGCAGAACUAACAAAAAAUGAACGCAUCCUCCGACUCCUCCGUGCAAAGGAAAAGCAAAGGAAAAGCUAAUGCAGCCCUAUGGCAGAUGCAGUUUGACAGAGAUGUGCCCUGACCACGAGUAGCAUGACAGUAAUCCCAGGUUGGAACAGUUUGCAGAACUGAUUAGCCUGUCCAGUAGAUGCUCCCUGAAUACACCAGGCCCUCGCCACAGGGUCGCCAUGGCUGGGGCCCCUGCCCGGCAUCGCUGAACGCGGAACCAUGACGAGAGCAGGGGGUGGCCCAGGAGCUGCAUUUGCACUGCAGCCCUGCCUGUCCUCCAGGAUCCCAGCGAUCCCAGCACCGACGUUUGCUCCCCAUGCACCCCGGCACAGGCAAGCACCCCUGCUGCUUCAGACACGCAUCCCCAGGCUGGGGAUGGCCACGUCAUGGCCACACAUCCAUAGCAGAGUGCAUAGGGAGAACUCAGCCCUUGCUCCAGAAGGACACCCGGGCUCUGCAGCUGCUUGGAUUCCGUUGGUCAUGGAGCAGCCCUGUGACACCCCUGCCCUCCCUUUGCUGACAGUGACCAUUUCUCUCUACCUCCAAGUGCCACGUGAGACUAGAGGUGAGAUGCCACCUGAGCCAUCAUAACAGCAAAAGUUCUCCUGUCAGCACAGGGGUGAGGUCACAUUUUUGCUCCUAUGUGAAGCUCCAUAAAAAUGAUCAAGAGUAUUACAAAUGAUGCCAAAAGCUACCAACCAAACAAGAAGGAAAGGGAUGUCUUUGCAAUUGCAGCAUCUUGAUCUACCAAUCUGUCCAGCAACAGAAACACAAUAGAGCUGCUGAUUUUGCGAUGCCUACACAGCUUAUGGGGAUUUUUCCCCAGCCUUGUGUGCAUUUUUGUGGGUAGAGGAGGACUGAUUGCUGAGCAAACCAACCAUGCCCAAAAGGGCAUUUUUUCACAGGUGCAAGUAUGUCAGAAACUCAGCUGUCAGGCACAACAAACUGCACAGAUGCUACACAAGUGGUAUUUGAAUGUUCUGCACUCAGAUACGUGAGACCAUGGUUUAGUGCCCACAGCUACUAUGCAAAGCACUCAUUCCCCAGGUCUGUGGCAGGAGCUAAGAGACAAGUGCACAGUGUUCAGGUGUUUCAUCUGUUAUUGAGAGGGUUACACGUAGCUAUACCUGAACAGGCCCACUAAUUACUGCAGACAUGGAAAGUGAAGUCUGAACAGCAGUUCUGGCCUUUGUUGUGAUACUUCGACAUGCUACUAGUGCCUGUGUGGGGAAGUCAGUGCAAAUUGCAGGUGGUUUGUGAGAAGCUAUGUUUUAACCAUGUUGCUCUAAGACACCCCAUUUAAACCCAGUCAUUUCUGCAGUAUAAACUCUGUAUACCAUGUCCUGUUAGCCACAAAAACAUAAGAGAUUAAUUUACAGUGAGUUGAGGUAAAAAGUUAGUUCAGUACAUAAAUCUAGCACUUCACCAACUUUCAAAUCUUGGCAAAUUACUGAAGAAUUGCUUUAAAAGUUGAAGACAAGGAAGAUUGUAAGGACACAAAAUAAUUCUUGCUUAAGAAAUGUCUGUCUAGGAUUCAGCUGAACUGCUGCACUUUUGUUUUGGUGAGUUAAAAGGAAAUCUGUAGGUGAGCUAACACAAAUGAAUGUAGUUUGUGCAUUACAAAUUAGCCAUAUGAAUUAUCAAAUUAUAAAGGUUUUUUUUUUGAGAACAAGUUAGGUAAGAAGUCAGUGUUCUGGUGAAGAGAACAGAACCAGGUGUACCUUUUCUUGCAUGCUGGAAUUCCUAUUCAAUUUAUAUUCUGCAUUAAAUAGGAAAGCUUUAAGUUUUCCAACAAUGUAAUAAGAAAAUUUAUUUGUUUAGAUAAUUUAUGCUGCUGUAUUUUUAAAUUAAAAUAAUGUUGUGCCUAACAGAAACUUGCAGAUGAACUGGUACAGAACCAAAGAUUUAUGCAAGAUGCUUAGAGGAUGACUGUAUCCAGGGUCUGCAAAAGACUAAAAAAUACUGAGCACGCAGAAAUCUCAAGAGCCUUAUUGGGAUUUUAAAUUGCACAGCAUUACAAGGGACUGCACUACAACUUCUUUAACAAACAACACUGGAGAGGACAGAUUUAUUUGGAUCCUCCAGUGGGCUGAAGAUGAACGUAUUUUGGAAAACAGUAGAAGAACUCUGGGCAACCUGGCCUAAAUAUUGAACUUUCACCCUAAAUUUUCUACAGAUCAACAACUGGCAACAACCACACUUUCAAGGUGAAAAGCCCUUUCAUAUUUGUAAAGGAGGUGAAUAAUCAUUAGAAGGUCUUCAGUAGCUAUGCAACAAAUACUCUUAAUAUCAGACAGGCUGUAGUAAUCACACAAUCCUCCUAAAAAAUGUGGAAGCAUCCAUUGUUGGUGAGGAUCUCCUAUUUUUUCCUGAUAGCAGAGCAUACGAGAGACGACAAGGCAAACCAACAGAGGCCCUGCAACAGCUGGCCUCUGAGACAACAAAUGUAGGUAUCCCGUAUCUACAGGUGGCCCUUUCUUUCUGCCAGAUAUAUUUUCUUGGGAGAGUUGUCUCGUCCCAAAGGGAGCAGUUAUUCAGCAAAGAGCUUCUUUAACUAUGCUUGUCCAUGGGAAGAGUCAUGUCUGCUCCUCACCACUUAGAAUAAGACUUUCCAAGCCCUGUGUCCAGCUGCCUCUGGUCACUACAGCUGGGGAUCUCUUGAAACAUGUGAAGAACACCUGGGUCCCUGUGUCACAUACAGAGCACCUGCUGACCGUCUGAGAGGAUGCAGUUAUCAGGUUGGGUUUUUUUUUGGUUUAUCCUUUUCUUUUUUUUUUUUUUUUUUUGAGCAAUCUUAUGCUAUGAUCGGCUUUUCUUCUGAACAACAUUUGAAAUGUGGGGCUAGCACAGGUUAAAGGGAGAGUUUUGUUGGUCUCUUUGCUAGUGCUGGCUGAUACUACACACAGGCUGUCUUGGUGGAUCCAUCAUGAAGAACUGGCACUGAAGACAUUCUCUGCUUGAUUCAGGCUGAAGUUGAAUCAAGCUUCAGCAAAGACACUAUUCAACCAAAAUGAGACUUCUGGCAUGGAAACCUUCUUUUUGGGAGCAUUUGUUUCAUCUUGGAGCUUUUGGAGAGAGGGAUGGUAUCAGUUUUGGGCUCCCUGUAACCCAAAGGUGCUUAAUCUGCCUGUAUAUGGGCUCUAAUGUUGCAAUACUGUUUAUCACCAUGCAAUUCAAUGUUUUCACAAAGAAACCUUAAUAAUUGUUAGCAUUUAUGUAGCUGUUGUUAUCUUUAAAGUGUUCAGCAAAUACUGCUGUGGUUUGUUUGUUGUAUUAAAACUGAAGCCUGUUUUCCCUUG